AUUUCAGAAUCAAACUCAUGCUAAGCGUGCUUACAGAGAGCUAGUUCUUAUGAAAUGUGUAAAUCACAAAAAUAAUUCAGCUACCAUGUAUAUAUAAAUAAACUUAUUUUAUUAACCAGAAAAAAAAAAAAGGCAUAGAGAUAAAGAUUACAGUCAGUCAGUGAUCGGGAAGAAGUUGCGUCAGCCAUUCUUGUUCUAGAUGGGAGCCAAGUAUGUUGCUUGUCAAGAUUUUGCUGGUGGCCUCCUGCCCUGGAAUAGAACUGCUCGUACCCCUUGGAGCCUGUUUCGUGGCAAUGUCGUGGUGGCAUUACCUUGGUUUUGCAUUGGGGAGAGACGGCCAGUGACACCUACCUCCUGAGCCUGGGUGACUGCAAAGAAAGAUGGUUCUGUCAACUAAAUGGAGGGCAUGGAAAGCUUGUUUCACAUGAUUAACCCUUUAGUGGAGGUGGCACAGAUUCAUCCAGAUAAUUGGCCUUUUGAAUGUUUUUACACCACAGAAAUCCCUAGAAGAAUUUCAAGAUGUUUACAUAGUCAUGGAGCUCAUGGAUGCAAAUCUUUGUCAAGUGAUUCAGAUGGAACUAGAUCAUGAAAGAAUGUCCUACCUUCUCUAUCAGAUGCUGUGUGGAAUCAAGCACCUUCACUCUGCUGGAAUUAUUCAUCGGGACUUAAAGCCCAGUAAUAUAGUAGUAAAAUCAGACUGCACUUUGAAGAUUCUUGACUUUGGACUGGCCAGGACUGCAGGAACUAGUUUUAUGAUGACACCUUACGUAGUGACUCGCUACUACAGAGCACCUGAGGUCAUCCUAGGGAUGGGCUACAAAGAAAACGUUGACAUUUGGUCAGUUGGGUGCAUCAUGGGAGAAAUGAUCAAAGGUGGUGUUUUGUUCCCAGGUACUGAUCAUAUUGAUCAGUGGAAUAAAGUUAUUGAACAGCUUGGAACACCGUGUCCUGAAUUCAUGAAGAAACUACAACCAACAGUAAGGACUUAUGUUGAAAACAGACCUAAAUAUGCUGGAUAUAGCUUUGAGAAACUCUUCCCUGAUGUACUUUUCCCAGCUGACUCGGAACACAACAAACUUAAAGCCAGUCAGGCAAGGGAUUUGUUAUCCAAAAUGCUGGUAAUUGAUGCAUCUAAAAGGAUUUCUGUAGAUGAAGCUCUCCAGCACCCGUAUAUCAACGUCUGGUAUGAUCCUUCUGAAGCAGAAGCUCCACCACCAAAGAUACCUGACAAGCAGUUAGAUGAAAGGGAACACACAAUAGAAGAGUGGAAAGAAUUGAUAUACAAAGAAGUUAUGGACUUGGAGGAGAGAACCAAGAAUGGAGUUAUACGGGGGCAACCCUCUCCUUUAGGUGCAGCAGUGAUCAAUGGCUCUCAGCAUCCAUCGUCAUCAUCGUCUGUCAAUGAUGUGUCUUCAAUGUCAACAGAUCCGACUUUGGCCUCGGAUACAGACAGCAGUCUAGAAGCAUCAGCUGGACCUCUGGGCUGCUGUAGAUGACUACUUGGGCCUUGUGGGGGUGGGAGGGAUAUGGGGAGUUGUUUAGUCAUUGAUAGAACUA